AUGUGGAUUACCACAAGCAGCAUUAGAGUGCUGCAUCAGAAAUCAGAAAUCAGCAAUCAGAAAUUUGCUCAAACCUGGUACCAAUUUGAGAUUUGCCACGCCCUCUUGAAUUUAGGUGAAAACGCGACAAAAAAUCAAGAAAGCAGUCUUCGACGUCGAUCAAAUCGUUAUAGAUCAGAAGUUAUUCGACCAAUCUAUGAAGCAUUCAACUACGACCAUAUCAAAG